AUGGCUCACCAUGGCGCCGGGAAUCCUCGCUACGGCGGCCAUUCUAGCCAGUUCGGCGACACCACGCUCACCAAGGUCUUCGUGGGAGGCCUUGCGUGGGAGACUCAAACAGAAACCAUGCGCAAGUAUUUUGAGCAGUUCGGCGAGAUUCUUGAAGCAGUUGUAAUCACGGAUCAGGCUGCACAAAGAGCGUGUCUUGACCCGUCGCCAGUCAUAGACGGUAGAAGGGCCAACUGCAACCUCGCUUCGUUAGGACAGAAGCAGCGUCCGCAGCAGCCGCGAGGACAGCAGGGUGGAGUGCCGUUCGGCGGGUACCCACCGCAACACCCGUACCCCAUGUACCCGCUACAAGGCUAUCCCAUGUCACCCUUCGGGUACCCUCAGCAGUUUCAGGAAGGAGCCGGCUACGGAUUUCCACAGGGAGUGUUUCCGCCGUACGGCCCUCAGGGCUUUCCUGCGCAGCCGGGGAUGUUUGUACCGCCUGUAGGGACAGCCACGCCUGGGGGCAUGUAUCCUGGAUAUCCUCCUGCUGCGUUCGGGCCGACGCAAGCGGCGCAGGCAGCAGGGGGAUUUCCGGGAGGCCCUUCUAUGAUGCCAUCCGCCCCGCAACCAGCUGGCGUGGCUGGUGCUGCGCAACCUUUUGGGUUCCAACAGAUGCAAGGAGGACAAUCCCAAGGUUUUCAGGGGACGGGCGAGCAGCAGAUGGGAGGUGCCAGCCAGCUUGCAGGAGGCCCUGGGGCGCAACCAAGCCAAGGUGCACAGGAAGGGACUGGAGCAAUGCCAACACAGCAGCAAUACGGAGUCCCCAUGCAAGGGGGUCAAUCGCCAUUCUCAGGGCAACACCAAGGGCCAACUGGAUAG